UUGACAGCUCAAACCAAGAUAUCCGACCGACCGCUGCUCAUGGAGUUAAUCAAUAGGACACUCAUGGAGUUUGACGCGCCCUCCGAAUCACUGGCAGGCAUUCCCUCCAAGAACUUCAUUUGGUUCGACUUCGGGAGCCUAAGGCCGGCGCCCACUGACAGGGAAAGCAAACGCCGGUACGAAGACUUCAAGUGGCGGCUCCGGUACGAGCACCGGGAUGUCAACGUAUUCAUGGCCACUCUUAAUAAAGAGGACUUUAAGGACCUGUUGAGUAGGGAUGAGAAUUGGAUCCAAAUGGGAAUGGGAUCAGAUUCAUCAGACAUGAAGUCCGUUGAUUUGAUGAAUAAAAUAAUACAAACACCGCAAGUGUUUCAAUACGGAGACUGUCGGCGCCAGAAGUCUAGCAAUGAGGUCUACGAGGGGUACCUCACACCAGGGUAUAAACAGUACUGGGCUAUGUAUCCCCGACACUUCAUCAAGAGUUAUUCCAUAGACCUCCGAUUCAAAGCGGAGAAGACUCGGCUCAGGGUAUGUGUCGAUCGGUUCCCAAUCGCCGAGAAUAAUGAGAAGCACUGCAGAGAGGCUCAAGAGGAUGACGGCGAAGUGAAGUUCACGAUCACCGACCCCUGUAGGGGCAAGAGUUUUGAGUCCUGUCCCGGCAUUCACGUCACUAUCGGACUCAGCUCGCAGGCAAUCACAGCCGUCAGCGCCGGUAAUGAUUGUAAAGAUGUGAGGUGUCGAUCACCCGAUCAAAUCAAGUGGACGCUCACCCACUCGGGUAUAUCGUGUAGUGGUGGCCGUACAGUAGUGGCCAACUGGACCUUUCAAAUCAUAUGUUUUGUGUUA